AUGCCGGAAGUCGGUGAUACUACGAUGUUUGCCGUUGUUGAGGCAACGGGUCUGCUCGUGAAGGUCGAAGCUGUUGACGGUUCUGUUUACAUUGGAAAGCUUUCGCGUUUUGACAUGGAGCACGGCGAUAUUGAACUCUUUGAUGUACGUUGCCAACAUUGCGAUUCUUCGCUGUCUGUAGAGUGCCGUGUCUUUUUGAAGGGACCAAGCGUUCGAUUGAUUCAUCUCCCUCCCGAUAUGAAGAAAGCUUCGUUCUUGGACUGGAAGGAUCCCAAAAUUCAAAAAGAGCUCAAAACUAGUUUGAAGGCACGACGUUUAAAAGGGCAUAGUGGCGUAAAGAACGACGUAGCCAAGGUAAAGAUUGGUAAAGAAAAAAAUCUGAAGAAGUUGAAGAAACUACUUUGA